GAGCCGGGAGCCGGGGGAGGCGAUUGGCUCCCCGCGGCGCGCGGCCGUUGGCCCCGUUCGAAUCGCGGCGCGGGGCCGGUGGCUGCCGCCAUGGCCUCGUGUGGGGCGGCCCCGCGGCGCGGCGGCUGUGCUCCAGCUCGGGCCCCGCUGCAAGGUUCCCGUGACGGGCAGGCGUCUGCGGCGGCGAGGAGUUCGCUGUCCUCCGAAAUGCACCAUCGGGUUAGGAAACAGAGGGGUGAGACAAAUCAGAACAGUGAGAAGAAUGCACCUACCCCUGUAAGUGGAGGGAGACCUGCAUCUCUUGGAUCAAUGCCAGUUAGUGGGAGUCUGAAGCCUAGAAAAGAUCUCAUACUCAUGAAAGAGAAAAAGAAACAGAAGACGCUGGAGAAGGAGAUUCGUGCAUUAGUGAGAGAGCGUGGAGAGCAGGAUAAAAAACUUCAGGCUCUGGAUGAGGAUUUUGUUAAGAUUGAAGCUAAGCUGAGUGCUGCAGUUCAGGAGAAAACGUCUCUUUUGGCAAACAUUGCUUGCCUGAAAAAACAGCUUCUGGAACUAACAAGAACCAAUGAACUACUAAAAUCUAAGCUGUCUGAAGAUGGUGUGCAGAAGAAAAUGAGCAGCUUGUGCAUGGAGUUAAUGAAGCUCAGAAACAAGAGGGAUGCUAAGGAAAAAACUGCACUUGCAAAACAGGAAGACAUGGAAAUGAAGCUGCAGGAGGUGCAAAGGAAUCUAGCACAUUCAAAAGGAAAAGUAGCGCAGUUAGAAGAAAAACUAUCUGCUACAGAGAGAGAGAAAGCUGAAGACAAAUUUGACACUGAAAAACUCUUGGAAUAUAUCACAGAGCUCAGUAGUAUUGCAGAAACUGUAGAGAAAUACAAACUAGAUGUUGCCCAGAUGAAAGAGACAUUGAUAAAGAAAGACCAAGACAUUGAGACCCUGACUGAUACACUCAAAACAAAAGAGGAAGAAUCACGUACACUGAUCAGAGAACAUAAUGAAAGGUGUGAGUUGCUUGAACAAGAAAAAGAGAAAGAGUCUUCUGAGAGCAGGGGAAAAAUCCUGAGUAUGAAUGCUGAAAUAGAAGAUCUGAAAAAAAAAAUUGGCUUAGAAGAACAAGAACACCAAAAACUGCUUCAGAAGCAAGAGGAGAUUCUCUCUCAGCUGCAGCAAGAGAAGGAGCUGUCUGCAUCUAUCCAGCAGAAGUUACUAGAUUUUCAAGAUGAGGUAACAAGUGAGAGACACCUCUUGGAAGAAGAGAUGAAGGUUGCAAUGAAUGAACUGGAUAAAUUGCAUGCUAAGGAGAAGAAAGCAGAGAAGUUGGUGAAGUGGUUGGAACAAGAAACCAAAUCUAAAACUCUUGAGCUUGCACAGAUGGAAGUAAAGUUGAAAGGGAAGAAUGCUGAGUUGGAGCAAAUCAAUGAAAUGCACAGCAGUACAGUUCGGCAAAUACAGGAAGAGCAUAGCAACACAUUGUGUAAACUGGGAAAGACUCUUGCUGAGUUUGAAAGCUACAAGAAGACAAUAGCUGAAGAAAUACGCAGCCUUAAAGUGGAGAAUACAUCUCUGCAAGAACAAAUUGCUGACCUAAAAAAAACAAGCCAAGAUAAUCUACAGCUGCUUCAGGAAGCAGAGUACACUAAAGACAAAGCAAAAGAAGAAUGUGCAAGGAUGCUUUUAGAAGCCCAGACAAAGCUUGCACUGAAAGAAGCAGAAGCAGAGAGAACAAGAGAGUCUUGCCUUGCACAAAUGACUAAGCUUCAGGAAAAACUGAAAGAGCAAACUGAAGAUCUACAAAAAAAACUUGAAGCAGAAAGAUCAAGGAAAACCAUAAGUGAAGAUGUGACCUCUAGCUUAAAAGAAGAGAUAAAGACUUGGCGUAAUCUAUAUGAAGAGUUGCAUAACAAAACUAAGCCUUUUCAGCGCCAGCUAGAUGCAUUUGAAGCAGAGAAGAAUGCUCUCUUAAAUGAGCAUGGUGCAGCCCAAGAAGAACUGAAUAAACUAAGUGAUGCAUAUGCGAAACUACUUGGCCACCAGAACCAGAAACAAAAAAUCAAGCAUGUUAUGAAGUUGAAGGAGGAGAACACCCACUUGAAACAGGAUGUCUCCAAACUGCGUGCACUGCUAGCAAAACAAAAGCAAACAAACAGGGAUCUUCAGGAGCAACUCUGUGCAAUUCAGGGCAUUAGGCGGUUUGAUCCUUCCAAAGCUUUCCAGCAUGACAGCAAGGAAAAUAUCUCUCCAAGAACUCCUUUGAAAGAAGGUAAUAGAAACCAAGUGUAAUCUUUUCUUGCUAUGAAGAAAAAUAUUUUACAUCACCAAUAAACUUAAGUAAUACAGAAGAUUUCAACAGACUAUUUGUUUAAGGUAAAAUUGGGUGCUGUAUGUUAUACAUAUUAGCAUGAUUACUUGAGAAGUGAUAUAAAACAGCCAAUUUUUAGAAAAACCACACUUGGGCGUACUCAAAUUGGAGGCCACAGAGGGCUGCAUGUUCUAGACUCCUGGUAACAUCCUCGCAAUCUUGGACUUGGAAGCUGCUUAGUUUGUUUUUCUAACAGCGCAACUUAAGUUCAGAAAAGGUGAAUAAUAAUUAGGCAAAAAGGAUAACAAAACCUGCAUUCAUGUAAGAGGUUAUUUUGUACCUGUUUUUUUCAGUUCCAGGUUAAAUUAAUUUUGCUGAUUAUAGUUGCUUUGAUACCAACGGCAUGAGCACUUUCCAGAGACUUUCUCUUUUGUGGCCUAUGUAAUGCAGGUCAGAUGUAAAAAGUCAUAUUGUACAGUUGGUUUGGAUUUUUUUAUAAUUUGUAUUCAGGACAUGCUGAUUUCUUUCCUGGGGCUAGAUAAUGCAACUAUUGAUCUCCAGAAGAGGAUUUCCAGGUCAGACUUGGACUGCCUUAUCUAUGUGACUGUCUUUGCAUCCCAUAGCUAAGAUUAAGGUCUUAAGGGAAAUCUGUUUUACCAAUGUUGUGCUCACUGGACUCUUAAAUAGUCAUAGCUGUUGCAGCCAGCUGUCUUACUGGAUCAAUGUUAUGUGGAUGGGAAUAUCAACAGAACUUCUUUUUAAUAGGGUAUGAGGAUGCCCGCUAUGCAUUCAUUUUUAUAGACUUGGAUUUUGGCAAGGCGGAAUGAAUCUGAACCGCGUCUAAAAUUAAGAAUGUUUUAGCAGAAUAAAUAUUUUAAAUUAGUUUUUGUCCAUUUCCUUCUUAAACCAGUGAUUAAGAAAAGCAACAUAAAAUUACCCUGUAAGUGACCUAGUGUUUUAAUCUUAAAUCUUCACAAUAAAACGUAGUAUCAGGCUUGUCUGAAAGACAAUGUAAUUCUCAAGCUGUACAGAAGAAAUUAUUUAGCUGAACUGCACAAUAUAGCUUGCAAUUCUUUUACUCUGUUAUUUCUGGUGAAUUUCUAUUAAUAUAGAAAUAAAUACUGGAACUCAAAUGAAA